AAACUUCUGUACCUGGUUCUUGAGACUCUUCAGACAUCUUAGGCAUAGAGUGAUUGAAAAGUGAAGUCUUUUACAGCUGUUGUGUGGAGGCUGUAUUGGGAUUACCCCCAGAAGUAUCCUGAUGGAACUAUUUACAGUUAUAUCUCCAAACAGGAGGAGUCCCUCCAAUUAGAGGAUGGUCAAACACAUCAUCCCAAAUGGUGAUUCUGCAGAUUCAGGGCCUCUACCCUGAGGCCCAGGUUGUCCCUUAUACUGCUGUUUCACAUAGUGUCAGGCAUCCCCCAAAUGAUCCCUAGAUUCAGUGAUUUGCUAGGAUUCAGGAUAUGGGACUGAGCAUGUAGUUGUAACUCAUGGCUAAGAUUUAUUACAGCUAAAGGAUACAGACAAAUUCAGCCAAGGGGAAAGAUGCUUGGAACGGAAUUCCAGGGGAAAUCCAGCACAGGCUUCCAGAGUCCUCUCUUAGUGGAGUCACAUAGGACACACUCAGUUACACCAGUAUACAUUGUGACAACACUUGUGAACUAUUGCCAACCAGGGAAGCUUGUUAAGGACUUGGUGCAGGCUCGUAGGCAGGCUCUACCUGGUGUGGACCAAAAUUCCAGACUCCUAGAGGGAAAGCAGGUACUCAGGGUAAAACAUCGUUUGUAUAAACGGUUAGGCAUAGUCAGCCACUCUUACCAGGAAUGGUGGGAACCCUCCUGAAAUCCAAGUCCCCAUUUGGUGGCAAACCUAAGCAAGCUUUUCAAAGGAUAGCAAUCAGGCCUUUUCUGCACAUGGAGUUAUUAAAGCAGACAUGUGAGCACAGAACAGACUACGGAAUAAGAACAAAGCCCGUGUCAAAGUUGAUCCAAUCUGAACAGACCAGAGACAGUCUUUUCCUGGCCAGAAUUUCCCAAACCUGGAAACUUCUAACACUAGUGCCAAAAAAUGUUCCAGGGAAUGAGGUACUGAUCGAAUCAGUUUGGAAAACACAGCAUUCCUGCUGCAUCUCUAAGAGGAUCAAGGAUCUACAUACCUGCAUAUCGACAGUUCGGGCAAGUCUGUCAUAUGAAGCACUUCCAUUGUGUUUGCCUAGUGUCACUCUUGUUUACUUUAAUGCGAGCCUCUCUGCCGUUUAACAUACUCUUUUGGGAAACACUCUCCUGUCAUUUCUGUGGGAAGAGGAACAGAGCUGGCUGCAUCCAGCUCCUUGGGCCGACGGAAGCAGAAGUGGGCUGUGGAUCCAAGAAACACCGCAUGGAGUAAUGAUGAUUCCAAGUUCGGCCAGAGGAUGCUUGAGAAGAUGGGGUGGUCUAAGGGAAAGGGUUUAGGGGCUCAGGAGCAAGGAGCCACGGAUCACAUUAAAGUGCAAGUUAAAAAUAACCACCUGGGACUUGGAGCUACAAUCAAUAAUGAAGACAACUGGAUUGCUCAUCAAGAUGACUUUAACAAGCUUCUGGCUGAACUGAAUACCUGUCAUGGACAGGAAACAGCAGACUCCUCAGACAACAAGGAAAAGAAGUCUUUCAGCCUAGAAGAAAAGUCCAAAGUCUCCAAAAACCGUGUUCAUUAUAUGAAAUUCACAAAAGGGAAGGAUCUGUCAUCUCGGAGCAAGACAGAUCUUGACUGCAUUUUUGGGAAAAGACAGAGUAAGAAGACUCCUGAGGGUGAUUCCAGCCCCGCUACUCCAGAUGGGAAUGAAACCUCCAGUACUACAACCAGUGCCUUCACCAUCCAAGAAUACUUUGCCAAGCGGAUGGCAGAGCUAAAGAACAAGCCCCAGGUCACAGCUGCAGGGCCUGACUUCUCAGAGACCCAAGUGGAAAGGAAAAGGGAGAAAAAAAGAAAGAAAGAAGCAAAAGAUAAAAAUGUAGAGAAUUACAUGCAAACCAAGGCUAAGAAGAAGAGAGACCAAGUUGAGUGGCAGCUCAGAGACCAUUGCUGGGAUGAGAAUUUUGAUGCUUCUGCUGAGAACAGAAAGGAUUGUGUGUGGCCACCUGAGGACCAAGACUUCACUGCAAAGUCCAAAAAAAGAAGAGAAAAGAAAAAACUACAAGAACAGCUUGAGGCAGCAGAGGAUCCUAUACUAGAAGAAGUACCAAUAAAAAAGAAGAAGAAGAAGAAGAAGGAUUCCAGAUAGAUUCCCUGGAGCCAGGGCCUUCUGACCACUCCAGUGUCAGGACACUACCAGAGCAAAUACCUUUGGCCUGAAGUCAGAGCAGAGCUCGCCCCAGAGACUUUGUGUACAUCCUCUGAUGUGCCCGUGGAUUGCCAAGGCCUGCCAUCUCACCACAUUUUUUUCUAAAUCAUAUUCCUGGAAGAAUUUUUUAAUGUUCCAAAUCAUGUUUCUCAUAAAGAAAUAAAUUUCUUUUUAGACUCUGA